AGAUUGUUUACCUCUUGAAUGUCAAAAUGUCAAAUAAAAUGUAAAUAAAUGUAAAUAGAAAUAUAAGAAAUUUAAAAUAGUUUGUCAUUGGUAGGGGUUUGUCACUGUGAGGUGUUGUUCGUGGUUCAAAAUUGAAGUGUUAACAAGUCCGUAAAAAGCGAAAUAAGUUUUUUGAAAUAGUGUGAUACAUUCAGCUGUUCAUCAAUCAAAAAACUAACAUUUUAUUAAAUAUGGUGCAAUCAAAUCCAGAACAUGUUGUUAAUAAACUUCGUAAUACCUUCGCUAGCGGUAAAACAAAGUCCGUAAAUUUUAGAAUCAAGCAAUUAAAAGCUCUUGCAAAGUUAUUGGAUGAAAAUACACCAUUGAUAGUAGAAGCUCUUACAAAGGAUUUGAACAAAUGCGAGAUAGAGUCCAUAAUAAUGGAAAUAGAUGUAGUAAAAAAUGAGAUCAAAUAUAUUUUAAUGCAUAUUCACGAUUGGACGAAACCGGAACGGCCUUCCAAAAGUUUAGCUAAUGUUUUGGAUUCUGUGUACAUUUUACAUGAUCCUUACGGAGUUGUCCUUGUAUUAGGGGCUUGGAAUUACCCCUUGCAGCUAGCCCUAAAUCCCUUUCUAGGAGCUAUUGCUGCUGGAAAUACAGUUUUGUUGAAACCAUCUGAAUUAUCACCUGCUACGUCAAAAUUUUUAGCCGAGUAUAUUCCUCAAUAUUUGGAUAGUGAAGCUUAUCAAGUGUUUGAAGGGGGCAUACCUGAAACAACAGCAUUGCUUAAGCAGAAGUUCGAUUAUAUUUUUUACACAGGGUCUUCGUCAGUAGGAAAAGUUAUCCUAGAGGCAGCUGCUAAACAUUUAACACCUGUGACUCUGGAACUAGGUGGUAAAAGUCCUGUAUAUAUAGAUAGUUCGGCUGACAUUGAAGUAGCCGCAAAAAGAAUAUUAUGGGGAAAAUGUGCGAAUUCUGGACAAACUUGCGUAGCUCCUGAUUACAUACUCUGCUCUAAAGAAGUCGAAGAUAAAUUCGUUAAGGUUGCUAAGAAAAUACUGACGGAUUUUUACGGAGAGGAUAUCAAAUCUUCUACGAACUAUGGAAGGAUAGUUAACGACAGACAUUUCCAAAGGAUUUUAAGUUUACUUAAAGGUUCAAAAGUUGCCAUAGGAGGCGAUAGUGAUGCAUCAGAGAAAUAUAUCUCGCCUACAGUAUUAGUGGAUGUAAAGGCAACAGAUCCGGUAAUGCAAGAAGAGAUUUUUGGCCCUCUAUUACCAAUCGUAAAUGUAGAAAGCGUAUACGAAGCGAUAGAAUUCAUAAAUUCCAAAGAAAAGCCAUUAGCUUUAUACAUCUUUUCUAAUAAGAAAAAAGACGUCGACCAAAUAUUAGCCAACACCUCCUCAGGCGGAGUUUGCGUAAACGAUACGAUUAUGCACCUCAUCGUUAUGUCGUUGCCUUUCGGAGGAGUCGGCAACAGCGGCAUGGGUUCGUACCACGGCAAAUUCAGUUUCGACACUUUCGUUCACAAUAAGGGCGUAUUAUACAAGAAUUUGGGAUACAUAGGCGAACUUCUUUCUUGUGCUAAGUAUCCUCCUUACACUAAAGGAAAAAUGAGAUAUUUGCAAUUGUUGGUGACUCCCGGUAUGGAUAUAAGAGGAAGGUUCAUGUCGCACUUGUUAACGUUCUUUUGCGGCGUUGCUUUCGUUUAUUUGUUCAAAUAUGGAAAACAAUUUUAUCCUUAUUAACAAGUUGGCUGACUGAAUGGAACAAUUUCAUAAUAUUUUUAGCUAUUAAUUCUAUUAUAACAAACACAUACUAUAAGAGAUUUCGUAAUCCAAGCAAUAGCUUCUUUAUAAAUAUUUGUAUUAGAAAAAGAAUCUUGCUGGUGCGACAGAGAACCCAAACAUAGUUUAUGUAAUCUUAGGAAUAUUGAAGACAUAAUAGAUUAUCUCUAGGUUAUUCCUAUUCCUUUGUCAUCCAACUUGGUGUAUCGAUUUUUCUGACAUCCUUUGUCACUCCAUUCCUCCAUCGCAAUCUAGUUCUUUGGCGUCUUCUCGUUACCGACGAAUUCUACCUUUACCACGUUUUUUUUUUCGACUUAGUGAUGUAUCAACGCAACCUCGUGCCUAUGUUCGCGAAAAUUUGGCCUUGCAACCCCUGUGUGAGAUGCAUUGCUUCAAUAAAAAGGCAAAAGAAUAUUAGUUUUCUAGUAUUUUUUGUUUAUUUUGGGUCUGUGUUCAAAUUUGACAUUGCAACAUCUCCAAUGCUCUUUUUUACGUCUUGUCUGAUUCAUGCCGCAUUAGACUGUGUAGUUAGAUGUUUUUAAUUCGUGUUGUACGUUGACCUUGCUGUUGUUACAAACUUUCGUUGCAUUUUAUGAGGUGACAAAGUUUAAAUUCUUGGUAUGCGACAGGGUCGGCUUUUGUUUUAUAUUUCGUUAGUGUUUAAAUUUGGAGAUAUGUACGUAUUUAAAUAAUUGUUUUUGUUGUACGCCUGCGGGCCCUUGUUCUUGGCACACAUUACCACAUUGGUUGAUACGCCACUGUCCCAUGUUAUAUCUAGAGUUGGUCGAUACCUUAUUUUUAGAAUCACCGGGAUACCGGUGCCGGUGAUUUGAAAAUCACGGUGAUUCUUAGAAGUGAUCGGUGAUUUUACGAUAUUUCAAUAAACUUUGAUACUGAUAAAUUCCGAUCGACUGUGAAUAUUAGAAAACGGCGAUUUAAAAAUCGAAAGCGUGCAAGUCGAUGAAAAAUAUUUCUGAUACAAUAUAAAAUAUUGAUUUUUAAGUUAGCUUUUCUUUUUAUAAAAGAGAAAUAUAAUAAGAGCAUAUAUUUUUUAGUAUUGUAAAUGUUUGUUUUCAUGUUUUUCCUAGUAACAUUCCAAAAUAUUUAAAAAAUGUGGCAGGUUUAAUUAAGUACGUUGUAAUUUGAAAACACGUUUAAUUAUACCUAUGUAUAUUCAUUUUCUAAAAGUAAAACCAAACAAAAUAUUAACUGAUUAAACAAAAAUGUAAUAUAUUUUCCAAGAAAAUGAACAUUGAAUUAUAAAACUAAAAUUAAAAAAUGAUUCAGCAAAAAAACUAUUGAACAUAUUUUAGCAAAAAACUACUCCUUUAAGUGAAAAAUUAAUGUUCAAAAAUAGAAGUUGUCUGAGUUUAUUUGGAUUAAGACGACUACGUCAUUCCGUAAUUGUCAACCCGGUCUUUGAAAAAAGCCUUUCACACGGAACAGACAUAGCUUGAACACAACAUUUCUCUAUUUUGAAAGUUACGGCUGCUAUAACAAUCUUUUUUGCAUUAUCAAAAGUUGAACGGUUAAUGUGUUAUUCAUUUCUAAAUUGUCAAACCUAAUAUGUCACUGUCUUUCCAAAUUUCAUAAUUUUCACCACUUUUCGUGAUUUUUUUCUAACGGCUUAAGAAUUUGUACUAGGUGCUGACAUAUUUCACAUUAUUUUUCAAACAAAAUAGGAAUAUCCUUAUUUAAAAUUGCUAUGGUACUCUUCAGUGAAUUUUCUAACAGCAAAAAACGUUCUAACAUAUAGAACGUGGAGUUCCACCUAGUGGCAACAUCUUGCAGAACUUUUAAAGAUGCAUUACCCAAUGUUCGUUGGCCAAAGCACUUCUCUUAAAAUGAGCGACUACUAUUCUAACUUGAGCUAGUAGUGAUAAAAUCUCUGGUAUAUUUUAACUAUUAAAUUCAACGUGUGAGCAAAACAACCAAAAUUUUUUAAAUUUAAUUUUACAUUAGAAGCAUUGUCAGAAACUAUCAAUAAAAUUUUAGCAUUUUUGGAAAUUUCAUUAGCCAAGUUUUUGCUUGUAUGGUGACCUGCCAUCAGUUUACAUUCCAAUAAAAUUGUUUUUAAAUCAAAAUCUUCAUUUACGAAGUGUGCUGUUAGACCAAUAUAACUCUCAGUAUUCAUAGACGUCCAACAGUCUGUGGUAAGGCAAUUCUUUUACAGCUUUUAAUUGAUUCUCGACAACGUAAACUGCACUCCUCAAAUAAACUUGAAAUUAAUGUUUUAGAAAUUGUAUGUCUUUCAGGCAGUUUAUAAUUCGGAUUCGGGGCCUGCACGAAAUCUCUGAAACCCUUAUCCUCCAUAAUACGGAAUAGUUGAUAGUCAAGUGUAAAUAAUUUUAAAAGAUUAUCAUUAGUUGUUUUUGUUGUAAACGCACUAAUCUUUUUAGGCAUAUAAGAAGCUAUGCUGGCUGACUAACCUUAGUAACUAUUUUUGAGCUAGUUGCGAUUUGAUUGGAAUCAUUUGAUCCGGAAGUAUGAGGUUUAGUUGCCUCAAAUUUUUGAUGGCUUAUUUAUGUUCCUUCCAAGGACACAGUUGGAUGAUUUGAUUUUAUAUGUUUUUUUUUUAAUGUGAAUUAGUAGUUUUAAAUGACAAUUUUUUUUGGCAAAUGUUACAUUUUGCAUAAUCAGUAUCGUCAAUAGGGGUAAAAGAGUUCCAAAUGCCAUUAACCUUUGUUCUCUUUGAUUUUAACAUUCGCAAAACUAUAUUAUUAAUAUCCAGGUAAGUGAAUAAUGAAUACACUCAAGCUGACGUAGUGAAAAAUACUAGACUAACUGCCAAAGACCGAGAAUUCUCUUAAAAUAAAAACAGUAAAGUAAAAACCAUCCUAUAGUAGGUAAUUUCAUGAUAUUUUACGCCAUCUUUGCGAUGCUUACCUACUCAAGUUACAGUAGUACAGUUUCCUGCGAAAUUUAAACCCUAGCCGACAACAGAAAACUGAAACCCAAAAUAGAUAAAUAUUUUGCGCUUCGUCGCUGUCGGUCGCUAUAUAAAUAUGAUCAUUGUAUUUAGAUAGACCCAGGCGAAUUAUUUAACUGGCUAUGUACAUAGGUGAAUAGCGCCCACAUAGAAUCAAACUUUCAACGGAUAAAAAUUAUCGGUUAACGGGUUCACAGAAGAAGCGCGUUUCACCAAUCGAGUUAAAAUCACUGGACCUGUUAAGAAUAAAACUCAAUCACCGGUAGCACCGGUGAUUUUCAAAUCAAAAGUAACCGUUAUUGAUAUAUCGACCACCUCUAGUUAUAUCUAAUUAUUAUGAAAUAUUUUUUUUAUGAAAGGCAUAGCUAAGGGGUAACAGCACUGCACCAACGAACAUACAAUAAUUAUUAUUAUGGCUCUCGAGCUUUUCUCACACUUCUUUCAUUAUCAAUGCACAUCCAAAUCUUCUGCUCUUCUUUCGUUAUGUAGGCAUUUAAAAAGUCCGAAGUAUAGUUUUUAUCCAUGUCUAGUGUCAUAUUGCGUUCUUUAUCGCUUUCCUUGUAUCGUGGAUGUUUGGAAGGUUCUUUACCGAACCUGUAUAUUCUUUGUUUAGAUUACUUUAUUAGUAUUUGAAUAAAAUGGUUAUAAAAUUAAUGCAGCUAUUAUUGUUUUGAAUUGAUUUUAUUUUUCAGUUUUUAUUAAAUGUGAAAAUAAUAGUUACUAAGAAAUUAUUUUUGAGGUGCUGCUUUUGUAAGAUCUCGAUAGCAAAUUGUUUAGAAAACUGCUAACAUAAAAUGUUUUGCAUUUUCUCUUUACAGGUUUUAUUUUCGGUUACCAAAAGUUUGAUAGAUAAGAAGUUUAUUUAAUAUUAAUCGUUGAAUACAAUACAGUGAAACUGAAUUUUAUAAUAUAAAAGUAUAAUAGAUGGCUGUAAAUAUGUUUUUAUUAAUCAAUUACUUUUUGAAACUUUGCUAAUAUGUUAAGAUGUUCAGACAUUAUUUUUUGAUUACUUUUUACAAUAUAUUUAAUUGAAUUAUAUUUUAUUAAACAAAUAUGGGCCACAGUUUUACUGAUCAUGGGCAACAAUAGCACCUUUCCACCUCUACAUCUGUUGUAAACAACUAGAGGUGGAUGGGUUACGUUAUUAUAAAGCGAGAGAGAUACAGAGAAAUGUGCCUAUGAUCGCUAAAGCAGUGGCUCCAUAUGUAUAAACAUCGCAUAAUACACUAACACAAAAAGUAAUUAGUAUUAAAUGUUAUUAAAACUUAAGACACAUAUUUAAAUUUACGCGGUUGCAAUAUAUGUAUGUAUAUGAUAUUAUAGUUGGUUUUAAGAGCUCUUUCGUUUUCUACAAAUUAUUAAAGUAAAUUAAUCAAAUUUUUAUUAGGUAUAAAUUAAUGUGCCAUUAUUUUUUCGGCUUUUGAAUUUUAUGAAUAGUUAAUUGUUCAAUUUUAUUAAUAGUUAUACAAAGUUUGUUAACAUUUAGCUUCCAUAAAGUUGAAUAUUGUUUUUCCGAAAUCUGUAUAAUAUAAACAAAAUUUUGGAUUAUAUACUGUUAUUAACAUUAAACAGACACAUUUUAUUAUAAUUUUAU